GUAGCAGGAAAUUUGACAGCGAAACAGGGAAUCAUGGCGGCGGCUAGCUCAAGCUGCCAAACUGCUCGCUCUCCUAUUGUCACCGUCGGGAUUUAAAAAAAACACCGACUGCUUUUACAUAGCUUUUAUUUAUUACUUGCAUCUACACUGUAUAUUUGGCGGUUUCCCUAUUUUACCAUAGAAGGUACCGAAGUGCUGAACUCGCGUCGCUGUCAUCACCUUUUCCAGCAAAAAAAAGCGAUGUUUCGGAACAGGUGUCUUCCAGCAUCCAUGUAAACCCGAAAUAUAAGCAUUUCUUCCCACUUCAGCAAUGUCCUCCCCACCGGUAAACCCCUCAGCACUGGACUCUCUGUCCAUGUCGUCGCUUCUGUCCGGGGAUGUUGAGGGAGAGGACGAGAGAGAAACCGAGGAGGGUGAGGAAGGUCUUGGAGACCUGGAAGUAAAUCCGUACGAUGGUCUGCCCUUUUCCUCUCGAUACUACACCAUGCUGGAGGAGAGACAAAAGUUUCCAGUGUGGAGGCUCAGACAGAACCUGCUGGAACUUCUGGAGAGCAACAGCAUGGUGCUGCUCAGUGCUCCGAGUGGAAGUGGAAAGAGCACCCAGGUGCCCCAGUGGUGUGUGGAGUAUGCACUCUCAUACGAGUUCUCUCAGGGUCUGGUCUGCUGCUCACAGCCAUAUUCGCCAGCAGCAGUGAGUCUGGCUCUUCGAGUGGCGGAUGAGAUGGACCUCAGCUUGGGUCUGGAGGUGGGCUACAGGGUGUCACACGAUGACAGCUGCACACCCGACACUCUGCUCAGGUUUGUCAGUGAUUCUCUGCUGCUGGAAGAACUGAUGUCGGACCCUUUGCUUCAUCAGUACGGGGUUGUGGUUGUGGACGAGCUCCAGGAGCGGACCGUCGCCACUGACGUGCUGCUGGGAUUGUUGUGCGAUGUUUGCCGUCAGAGGCCCGACAACUUUCGUGUUGUCCUCUUAACUCACCCGACUCUUGCACCACGACUUGCCUCUUUUUUGGGCACACAGGUGCCUCACUUAACUGUUGAUGCCUCGACUGAGGAGGGAGAGGAAAAGGAGAGCACAGAUGUGAGAGUGGUGGACACUAUGUAUAGAGAACCUUCUGGAAAGGAGCCAGUGGCUGCUGCUUGUCACAUGGUUCUGGAUCUGCAUCGUAGAGGAGAGGAGGGAGACGUGAUGGUGUUUCUGGCCAGUGCACAGGAAAUAGAAACAUGUGCUGCGUUGCUGGAAACAGAGUGUCUAGCGUUGAGUCCUCAGCUCGGGACGCUGAAGAUUGUCCCUCUUCAUGCCCGACUUGGUGGUCUGACCCAGAGGGUGUACGAGCCUAACCCAGAGGCUUCAACACUGAAGGAAAAUGAAAGCUGUGAAGAUGUGAAGGGUUUGGUGAAGGAUUCUGGAGGUGAUGGGGUCAAGAGAAGAGUUAUUCUCACCGAUGCUCUGGGGGAAGCGUCCUUCUCUCUGCCGGCCAUCCGCUAUGUGGUCGACACGGGUCUGCAACUGAAAACGGUCUACAAUCCCCAGAUCAGAGCCAACUCUCAGGUGCUAAGGACCAUCAGUAAACAUCAGGCUGACAUGAGAAGUGAGAGGGUCAACAGUGGCCUCCCAGGGCUGUGUGUGCGUCUGUACCCUCAGUCUGUGUAUGAUGAUGGGAUGGCGGAGGCUCACUGUCCUGGUGUGAUGGAGGAAAACCUCAGUCACCUGGUGCUGCUGCUGAAGCGGCUGGAUAUCGCUGAUAUGGGACAGUGCAAGUUCCUGGACAGACCAGCGCCAGAAGCUCUGAUGCAGGCUAUAGAGGACCUGGACUACCUGGCUGCUCUGGACGAUGAUGGAAACUUAUCCGAGGUGGGAAUCAUCAUGUCAGAACUGCCGCUGGAGCCGUCGCUGGCCAAAGCGCUGAUCGCUGCCUGCGAGUACGACUGCGUGGACGAGAUGCUCACCAUAGCUGCCAUGCUCACAGCUCCCUGCUGCUUCGUUGUGGCAGAUCCCAGCAGAGAAGAGGCAGCUGUGUCCCACUGGAGGGCGCUGAUGCACUCAGAAGGAGACCACAUGUCUCUGAUUAAUAUUUACAAAGCCUUCACAGAACACAACCAGGAUGAGGCCUGGUGCUCCACCAACUUCCUCAGCUACGCAGCUUUACGACUUGCCGUGGUGAUCAGAACAGAGCUCCUGGAAGUGAUGCAGCGUAUUGAGCUGCCAGUUUCACCUCCUGCGUUCGGUUGCCAAGACAACUGCACAAAUAUCAAACGCGCUCUCAUCUCAGGCUUCUUCCUCAAGGUGGCUCACGACGUGGACGGCUUGGGCAACUAUCUCCUGCUGACUCACCGCCACGUCGCUCACCUGCAUUCCUUCUCGUCGUACACGUGUCGAGAGCCGCGCCCCUUGCCCCCCAGCUGGGUCCUCUUCCAUGAGUUCACCAUUUCCUGUGAUAACUGCAUCCGUGUUGCAUCUGAAGUCCAUCCACAGAUGCUGGUGGAGUUGACCCCCCAGUACUUCUUGGGAAACCUGCCACCCAGCGAGGGCAAAGACCUGCUGCUGGAGCUUCGGCAGGAUCUGGACUCUCAGAUGUCCGGCCUGGAUGGAGAGUUGUCUUCUCACAACAGGACUCACAGAGACACAGACGGGUCAGCAGAGACUGAGUCCAAUAAUGAGCUCUGUGCCCUGCAAUGAACCUCAGGUUCCCUGGAAGGAACCCCAGCUGUCACUUUAAAUCUUGAAUGAGACUUUGGAUUUCAUGUUCUACCAGGGUUCAAUGUGGAAACACUAGCAUUCUAAUGUGUUAUUGUUCCUUCUUUACCAUAAACCAAACCAUCUCUUGCUGUUUUUUUUUUUUAUCAUGGAUAUAUUUAUAAAACUAUUUCAAUUUGCUUAAGGGAUUCUUUUCUUGUGUGACUGUUGAUGAGUAGCACUAGUGUUUUUAUUGAGGAGAAUCAUAAAGGGCAAAUGUGACCAACUGAACCCUCUGGUGUGUUCAGAAUGAGAUGCAAUAACUGCUGUUGUGAGAUGACUCGGACGGCUUUGCAGACUGAAACGGAAUUUUCUCAGGAGCCACUGUGAUGAUUCUACAAUCUUUUAAUACUGUUUGUAAAAACAUCUGUGUUACACGUCUCUAACAUCCUAUUUAAUAGGAACAAUCUGUCAAUA